AUAUCCUAACGGGAGUGAUAUCCUUUGUGGAACUAGCCUGUAUCACAGCAGACGUUAGAUUGUCACAAUUUGAAGAUGUCGAUCGUAUGUACUCACAUUGGCCGGAGCGCCUUGGCAAUCCGCGGCUGUGGGGCAAUGACGAUGGUGCGUUAUGCACAGACAGCUGCAGCCCCAGCUCCAGCGCCGAGGAUAAAGAAGUUCCAAAUCUACCGGUGGGACCCUGACACACCAGGGGACAAACCACGGAUGCAGACAUAUGAAAUAGACCUUAAUACAUGUGGCCCAAUGGUUUUGGAUGCUCUUAUCAAAAUCAAGAAUGAAAUGGACCCCACACUGACCUUCAGACGCUCUUGCAGAGAAGGCAUCUGUGGUUCUUGUGCGAUGAACAUCAAUGGAGGCAACACAUUAGCCUGCCUGAACAAGAUUGACACAAACACCAGCAAAGCAUCCAAGAUUUAUCCUCUUCCACAUAUGUAUGUCGUCAAAGACCUUGUACCUGACAUGAGCAACUUCUAUGCCCAGUACAAAUCCAUCGAGCCCUAUCUCAAGAAAAAGGAUGAAACACAAGAGGGAAAGCAGCAGUACCACCAAACGGUUGAGGACCGGCAGAAAUUGGAUGGUUUGUAUGAGUGCAUCCUCUGCGCCUGCUGCAGCACGAGCUGCCCCAGCUACUGGUGGAAUGGGGAUAAAUACCUUGGACCAGCAGUGCUCAUGCAGGCUUAUCGCUGGAUGAUUGACUCCCGUGAUGACUUCACAGAGGAGCGGCUCUCUAAGCUGCAGGACCCGUUCUCCCUGUACCGCUGCCACACCAUUAUGAACUGCACAAAGACCUGCCCCAAGGGACUCAACCCAGGGAAGGCUAUUGCAGAAAUCAAGAAAAUGAUGGCGACGUACAAGGAGAAAAAUAUGUCUGUCUCCUAACUUGCUGAAUAAUAUCGUCUCUGGAAUUCAAUUGUGAAUAGUGUUUUAGCGAACACACAUUUAACUUAUUGUAUGUAAAUACAAGCAAAAUGACAGUGAUUAUCUGAACUCACAAUUUGCACAAUAUUCUUUUAAGAGUGCCUGCUUAUGUCAAUUUAGUACUCAUUGUGAAUGAAUAAUACCAGGAACAAUUCACAAGAAAAUGGAAGUUGUAUCUGGGUGGGUCAGGAGGUUAAGAACCAAAAGGUGU